AUCGUGUGUAGUACCUCAUUACACUGCGCCUUUGUUGAUGCUAUUCGUUUGGAGCUAGCUAGCUCAUUAAAGCUAACUUUAAAUAAGAUCGAAAUGAUCGUAUAUUAAGAACAUUAACGGGCAUCCACAGAAGCUUGAUAACUUUCACGGUAUAGCUGAACAAUUCUUCAACCAGUCGUUUCAAAAGAGCAGGUAAACUCAAAGCAUAGCUUGCUAAACGAACGCUAUUUGCGUUAGAGCUAGCUGGUUGAACCAAUGUAUGGUAGUACAGUCAUCAAUAAGUUAAAAACAAGCGUAUUUUUUACUCAAUUUACCGCUAUAUAAUUAUCGAUACAAAAUGGAACACCUAGAUAACUUACAAUAGCUCUAUUUUGAAUGCUACCCGAUUGUUUACACAGUGUGGACUGUAAACAGUAGCUUACUACAGCAAACUCAUCGUGACUACACAGACCUCGGUUACAUCCAUGUCGGCAGCGGAUACAGUGGAGAAUGCCUCCAUCUUAUCGGAGAGCGUGGCUCACGAGGGAAACCGCCUGUGGAUCGGUAACAUCGACCCUAAGAUCACUGAGUACCACCUGGUAAAGCUGCUGGAGAGGUUUGGGAAGGUGAAGCAGUUUGACUUCCUGUUCCACAAGGCAGGUCCUAUGGAGGGCCAACCUCGGGGCUACUGCUUUGUCAACUUUCACACCAAAGAGGAGGCUGAGCGGGCCAUCCAGUGUCUGAAUGGGAAGCUGGCCCUGUCGAAGAAGCUGGUGGUACGCUGGGCACAUACACAGGUAAAGAGGUUUGAGGGUUUCCGAGGGGACAAGAGCACCCCUGCCAGUCUGGAGCCGUCCUGCAGCUCUGACGACCCUGCGAUGCCCACCACUGGCCUCAGCACGAGUGCUAAGAUCCGUGCGAUCGAGGCCAAGCUGCAGAUGAUGGAGGACAACCCCGACGAGGAGUACGCCGGGCCCUCGGCCUACAUGUACAACAAGCCUCCGCAGGACAAGAAGUACCAGCAGCACCGCAACAAGCCCUACACCCGCCCCUUCCGCAAGUUCAGGAGAUGACCCCCCGGAGACCCCUUGAGACCAGCUCUCUGUCUAGCCAAGAACGUCUCACACUGGCCCUCAGCGCCCGAGCUAAUCGCCCCUAGCCCCCCUAGCCUGUGGUCCCAGCCCCUGGUCCUGAGCGCUUACCUCUUCCCCAUUUGUGAGUCUUAGCCUUUAAAGCCGCCCCCCCCGCCUCACCCCCAGUCCUUUCUCACUCUCUCUGGUGUGGGUCUCGACAGAACCCUUUAGAGAACAGAAUCCUCUACAGAAGAACCCAUUAGAGAACCCCCUGCAACCUGAGAAGCCUCUUGCUGUCGGUCUUCUCUCCUGUGUGUCAGCUAGAAAGAGAGGGUGUGUGCUGAUGGGCAGCAAAGAGGAUGUGUUUUGGUUAUCCACUUUUAUACAACUUCAGCUAAACUCUUUUAAUGGCUGUUCUAUGUCGUGUGUACUUUGUCUCUCUGCAAUCCUUACUAGUAUUUUUGGUCAGUCUCAGUUCCAUGUAUCCUAGUUGUUUUGUUUGUUUACAUAUAUAUUGUAUAUUGUUCUGAGCAUGAUCGGAAUAACGUCAGCAGCAUGGAGAGGCUGGUGGUUUACUGGACAACUGGACAGCAGUCUGGCUUAAUGACCACUGGUGGUUGGCUGUGUGUGUGUGUGUGUGUGUGUGUGUGUGUGUGUGUGUGUGUGUGUGUGUGUGUGUGUGUGUGUGUGUGUGUGUGUGUGUGUGUGUGCGUGUGUGCGUGUGUGCGUGUGUGCGUGUGUGCGUGUGUGCGUGUGUGUUUGCGUGUGCGCGUGCGUGAGUGAGCGACUGAGUGAGAGAAAGAAAGAAAGAAAGUGUGUGCACCAUAACCAUCGUGGUCUGAGGAGACCUCAUACUGCCAUGGCUACCAUGAAUCGUUUUUUUUUUUCGUUUUUUUUAUCUGAAUAUUAGUUUUCUAUCAGAGUAGUCAAUACAUUUUCAAACACAGAUGUUUAAUUUAUGAUAGGUUUAAAUUAGGAUGGACAGUCUGCUAAACAGUAGCCUAUUAGAUCAUUGCUGACAUCCAGUACAUUUUUGUGUUUUACAAAUUCCUACAUAAAAAAUGUUAUUAAAACCAUAUGAAAAAAUA